AUGGCUACCUAUACAUGUGACGGGACUGCAUCAUCCCGUACCUACAACUGGCAAGCAGAUGGUCAAGAUCUCUACAUGUCUGGGUGCUAUCCAGUCCAAUGCACACAGCCAACGACUAUUGCAAACUUUCAUUACGAUCCUGACGUAUCGGUUCCGGUGUUCUACGGUUCAGUUCUGAACGGUAGCUGUAAUCUUGGCUAUGAGCUAACUGGUGGUGAUCUAGUUCGUAGUUGUGUAGUUGAUGUUAGUAAUAAUGGUGUUGGUAUGUUGACUGGCAGUGUUCCUGUAUGUUCACCUGUACAAUGUACUGAUCCUGGUAUACCAGUGGAUGGACAACGUAACACUACUGCUCGUAGCUAUACUGAUGUCAUCCAGUAUGAGUGUAAUAGUGGUUUUCUACUCAACGGUACAUCAAUUAUUCAAUGUCAGGCCAAUGCUACAUGGACUGCACCCACACCGCAUUGUACAGCUCGGAACUGUGAUCAUCCUGGACACAGUGACUACAUCAGCCGAAAUGGAGAUGAACACUUCUACAAUAGAUUUGUGAUGUUCCAUUGUCCUGUUGGCUUUGAUCUGGUGGGCAACAGUGUAUUGUUCUGUCAAUCUGAUGGUUCCUGGAACAGCUCCACACCAAGCUGUGUUCCUAAACAGUGUCCAAUGGUAGACAAUAGCAAUGCACAUCGUAGUAGCACUAGUAGAAACAACACAGUAACAAUUGUGCAGUGCGUUCUACCAUCGCUCGGUUCUCACUCGAACAGAACCCUGCACUCUGCAGCCGGUACGCUUGUGGACUAUCUAACCAGCGUAACGUACUCCUGCCACACUGGCUAUAAACUAAGCACAACUUCCACAUCAUCAUCGUCGUCAUCAGUGCCUGUACCCACGGUGCAAACAUGCCAGGAAACAGGAGAGUGGACGUCGCCAACACCGCCAGGUUGUGAAAUUGUGACGUGUCCUGCACCAACGCUACCCGAACACGGCUACUACACACCGACCUCUAGCUCUGGUGUGUUCAAGUACCAGAUGAGCAUCGUGUACCAGUGCGAUCGACGGCAUUACUUGCCGAUGGCAGUCGUUGCCACCUGUUCAGAGCAUGGAAACUGGAGUGACGACACACCAACAUGCCUGCCUGCAUACUGCAACACAAGCUUCCCUAUCCCAGGCAACGCCGUCACAACUCUCGAUGGCAGCCGCAUGUACGUGCCAGGCGUGGAAGCUCUGAACGCGUCCAACAUCACCGCUGUCUGUGACGUGGGAUACGAGAGUAACAAUACGCUAUCAACGUGUGUUGUCGACACGUGGGUUCCACCGUUCCUGCCCGACUGUGUGCGUGUCUCGUGCCCGGGAUUGUUCCCAUCCGGUGGUGCCAACACGAUACGUACCGGAAGUGGUAGUGAAUAUGGUGAUGUGCAUACGUUUCAGUGCCAAACCGGCUAUGAAUGGCCGCUAUCGUCACCAAAGCUCUCCGUCUCGUGUCAAAGCAACGGCCAAUGGUCCGCCAGUACUCCGAACUGUUCUAUAGUCACGUGCCCGCGUCUGACCGUCAUAGCAAACGGCAUGCUUAGCAGCGAUAUGGGUGUGUACAACGAUACCAUCACCGGGCAGUGCGACCCCGGGUACUAUGCCCCCUCCGGAAACUGGACCAGGACGUGCCAGGCCGACGGUACGUGGUCGGGAAGCAGCCCCAGUUGCGACCGGGUGUCGUGUCCCCAGGUCGUCGCUCCGGACAACGGUGGCUUUGCGUACAGCGGGAACAAGUUCGGCGAUACGGUGACAUUCCAGUGUAGUGCUGGGUACGAUCUUGGUGCCCAGGCAAGCAUGCUGACGUGUCAGUCCAACGCUAUGUGGACGCAUGCCGUUCCCACUUGUAAUAGAGUAAUAUGCUUGAGCCCGGACUUGCCAGCCUAUCCAUCACUGUCACCCACGCAAGCUAGCAUCACCACCACCGGUCCAGUUACAACCGGCAGUUCGAUCAGCACCACCAACAGCCCCAGUACACUCGCCACCCCCAGUACAACCACCACCAGCACUAGCACCACCAGUGCAACCACCGCUGCCAGUCAAUUCUACGACUACGGUUUCGUGUUCACGUACACGUGCGAUGCUGGCUUCUAUCUGCAAGGAGAUGGUAACACCACUUGUUCACAGCAACGCAGCUGGACUAACCCUGCACCUGCAUGUCACGCUGUCACCUGCAAUGUCAGCAGUCUACCCGUGAUUGCAAAUGGCGGUCACAACGCUAGUUCCGUACAGGUAUUGAGUGCAGGCCAGUCCGCGCUGUGGUCAUGUGACCAUGGCUAUGAGCUGCAAGGCGAUGCCAGUCAGCGCUGUGUUCACCAGCUGAAUAUGCCCGGGUACUUUGACGGUGCUGCACCCACAUGCACCAGAGUUCAAUGCCCUCUGUACGGGAGUGUCAGAAAUGGUAUCGUGAGUUCUGUUGCCACAGCGUACUCCUAUCAGGAUGUCGUGCAGAUAGACUGCUGGCUGGGCCACGAGAUCAGCGCAAACAUAAGCAGCACUGACGCAGUCUGUCUCGGUAAUGCCACAUGGUCACGGACCGUCACGGCGUGCACCGUUGUCAGCUGUGGUGCAAUUCCUGAGGUUCCGUUCGCUGCCCGCCGUGGAAACUCUUCCACGUUUGGCAGCAAUGUCAUCUACUCCUGUCUCGACGGUUACAACAUGACUGCUGGGUCGGCCAUGAUUAGUUGCCAGGACGACAAGACGUGGAAUGGAACAGUUCCUACUUGUUCGAUUGUCCAGUGUCCUAUAGUGACUGCUGACAACGCUAUGCUCUCGCAACCCGACGCCGUGUACCAGGAGAACAUCACGCUGACGUGUAACCAAGGCUACGAGAUCAUGCCGGAUGUGUACGCACUCACCACCUUGUGCCUGGCCGACGCGUCAUACUCGCUGUGGCCGCUGCCCGAUUGUCGGCGCGUGAGCUGCGGACCUCUGCCGCCCAUCCUGAACUCCAUGACAGCUAGCAGUGCGGGUAUGGAGUAUGGCGACACGGCGAUCAUACAGUGUAGAGCCGGGUACGUUGCGUUGAACACUACUACGCUGAGUGCCGCCUACCAGUGUACUAAUGCCAUGGGUGAGCGGACGUACGCCUGGACUCCGCGCGGUGCGGACAUCCUCCAGGGCAGUUGCGAUCCUGUAACCUGUACACUUGAUAGUCCUACCUCGUUCACCUACAGCUCAUACGUGAGAGAACCAAUAACAUUUGGUGACGUGCUGAACGUUAGUUGUGACCUUGGUCAUGAGCUAACUGGUGGUGAUCUUGUUCGUCGUUGUGUAGUUGAUGUUAGUAAUAAUGGUGUUGACACUUGA